AUGAGCCAAAUGACGACAGACGACAGCAUGAGCGACGACGUGUUUGAAGACGACACUCUUCGUGUUCCAGCACAGCGCAGUACCCCCUCACCUACCGGGUAUAGAGACUAUAUUCCCCCCCUCGAAACAUCCGCUCGCUCGCAGGUUGAUGAGGAUGUUCCUAUACACAAGACAAUUCUACUCGGAGACAGCGGAGUCGGUAAGACUUCUCUAUUAGUGCAGUUCGAGACGGGAAAAUUCCAAGCCGGCAAUUUCUCCGCCACCGUCGGAAUUGGGUUUACGGUAAGUGAACGAACUUAG